UAAACACACGAGACAAUACAUGGUCCAUGAAAAAAAGUCGGCACUCGAACCCGACCCAGGUGAAAAAUCCGACCCAGUUUCGUUUCAUCAUUUCUCUCGAUCAAGGGUUUUACUUCGAAACCCCAUUUCUCAAAACCCUGAACCCGACACCACCAACCACCAUCCAUGGCUCGCAGGUCCUCGGCGCCGCGCCUCCUCUACGCACUCUACACCUCAGCCUCAGCCUCGGCCUCACCGUCUCCGGCGUCGUCUCUCCUCGGCGGCGCAUUCCACCUCCGGCACUACUCGGCGGGGAGCGCGGCUCGCGCGAAGACGGAGGAUAAGGAGUCAUGGUUGGAGUCGAUGGCGAAGCUGCGGAACAUUGGAAUCUCGGCGCACAUAGACUCCGGGAAGACGACGCUGACGGAGCGGGUGCUGUUCUACGCGGGUCGGAUCCACGAGAUCCACGAGGUGAGGGGCAGGGACGGCGUCGGCGCCAAGAUGGACUCCAUGGACUUGGAGAGGGAGAAAGGAAUCACCAUCCAGUCUGCCGCCACCUAUUGUUCUUGGAAAGACUGUAAGAUCAACAUAAUUGACACACCUGGACAUGUUGAUUUCACGAUUGAGGUUGAGAGGGCUUUACGUGUCCUUGAUGGUGCCAUUCUUGUUCUGUGUAGUGUUGGUGGGGUGCAAAGUCAGUCCAUUACUGUUGAUCGUCAAAUGAGAAGAUAUGACGUCCCGAGACUUGCAUUUAUCAACAAGCUUGAUCGGAUGGGUGCAGAUCCAUGGAAAGUUUUAAAUCAGGCUAGAUCUAAGCUUCGGCAUCAUAGUGCUGCAAUACAAGUUCCAAUAGGCUUAGAAGAUGAUUUUAAGGGACUUAUUGAUCUUGUGGAGUUAAAGGCCUACUAUUUUCAUGGUUCAAAUGGUGAAAAUAUUGUCAUUGAAGAAGUACCUGCAGAUAUGGAAGCCCUGGUGGCAGAAAAAAGACGUGAACUCAUAGAAACUGUGUCAGAGGUAGAUGACGUACUUGCUGAAGCUUUUCUCGGUGAUGAGACCAUAUCACCUGCUGAUCUUGAGGGUGCAAUUCGUAGGGCUACCAUAGCGCAGAAAUUCAUACCAGUAUUCAUGGGUAGUGCUUUCAAAAAUAAGGGGGUACAGCCACUUCUGGAUGGUGUAGUUAAUUAUUUGCCAUGUCCAAUUGAAGUUAAAAAUUAUGCUCUUGAUCAAACCAAGAACGAGGAGAAGGUGGAGUUGCUCGGAAAUCCUAAUGGACCACUUGUGGCAUUGGCUUUCAAGUUGGAGGAAGGACGGUUUGGCCAGUUAACAUAUCUAAGAGUCUAUGAGGGUGUUAUUCGAAAGGGUGAUUUUAUUAUUAAUGUAAACACCGGCAAGAAGAUCAAGGUCCCUCGCUUGGUUCGGAUGCACUCAGAUGAGAUGGAGGACAUUCAGGAGGCUCAUGCCGGCCAAAUAGUUGCUGUAUUUGGUGUUGAUUGUGCAUCAGGAGAUACUUUUACUGAUGGGUCAGUUAAAUACACAAUGACUUCUAUGAAUGUUCCUGAGCCCGUGAUGUCCUUAGCUGUACAGCCAGUCUCAAAAGAUUCUGGAGGGCAAUUUUCAAAAGCUUUGAAUCGCUUCCAGAGAGAGGAUCCUACUUUCCGUGUUGGCUUAGAUCCAGAGAGCGGGCAGACGAUCAUUUCUGGAAUGGGGGAACUUCAUUUAGAUAUCUAUGUUGAACGCAUUAGGAGAGAGUAUAAGGUUGAUGCUUCAGUUGGAAAGCCCCGUGUGAACUUCAGAGAAACUGUUACUCAGCGUGCUGAUUUUGAUUAUUUACAUAAGAAGCAAUCUGGAGGGCAAGGGCAAUAUGGACGGGUAACUGGGUAUAUUGAACCACUUCCUGCAGGGUCACCAACAAAGUUUGAAUUUGAAAACAUGAUUGUUGGUCAGGCUAUUCCAUCAAAUUUUAUCCCUGCAAUUGAAAAAGGUUUCAAAGAAGCUGCCAACUCUGGUGCUUUAAUUGGACAUCCAGUUGAAAAUCUUCGAGUUGUCUUGACGGAUGGUGCUGCCCAUGCUGUUGAUUCCAGUGAACUUGCAUUUAAGUUGGCUUCUAUCUAUGCUUUUAGACAGUGUUAUCCAGCUUCUAGACCAGUUAUAUUAGAACCUGUUAUGCUUGUUGAGCUGAAAGUACCAACAGAAUUUCAGGGAGCUGUUGCUGGUGACCUCAACAAGAGAAAAGGUGUGAUUGUUGGCAACGAUCAGGAAGGAGAUGAUUCUGUCAUUACUGCUCAUGUCCCUCUUAACAACAUGUUUGGGUAUUCUACAUCUCUGCGUUCCAUGACACAGGGAAAGGGUGAAUUCACAAUGGAAUACAAGGAACAUUCCCCAGUUUCUCAUGAUGUACAGACGCAAUUGAUAAACACGUACAAGGGCAACAAGGCAGCUGAAUAAUCAGGUGUCUUUGAAUUACAUGGUACUAAGAUUUUAUCUAGAAAAAGCAAUUGUGACAACACUGUAGGAUAUAGGUUUGGUUCAUUCAUUAGGUUCAACCAAUUUUGGAAAGCAAAUAAAAGUUGCUCUAUGUGGUAAUAUAGUGUGAUUCAUUAAAUUAGAUAAAUUAUUUUUGUAAGGCCAUUUGUAUUGUAUAAGAUGUAAUUUAUGCAGCUCUUCUAUUUGUAACACUAGUUUUAAUUUAACCAAAUUGCAUU